AUGGUAGGUACUUUACCUCCAAAAAUUGGAAAUCUAAAGGCUGUAACCAAGAUGGAUCUGUGGAUGAAUCAAUUCUCAACUGAAAUUCCUAGAGAAAUUGGAGGCUUGCAAAAUUUGGCGUACCUUUCUUUGAGACACAACAAGUUUCAAGGAGCUAUACCAGACUCAAUGAGCAACAUGGUAGGCUUAGAAUUCCUAGACCUUUCUCACAAUAAUAUAUCGGGCAUCAUUCCCAUGUCUUUGGAGAAACUGCAAUACCUCAAAAGUUUCGGCUCUGUUUACAAAGGAGUUCUCAGAAGUAGAACUGCCAUUGCAGUCAAAGUGUUCACUUUGCAACUAGAGGCAGCAUACAAGAGCUUUGAUAUGGAAUGUGAAGUUCUGCGCAGCCUCUGCCACAGGAAUCUCAUAAAAGUUAUUAUUAGUUGUUCCAACCAUGAUUUUAAGGCUUUAGUGCUCGAGUACAUACCAUAUGGAAGUCUUGAAAAUAAUGUCUUGCUGUAUGAAGAUAUGGGUUCCCACCUAAGCGACUUUGGCAUGUCAAAACUUCUUGGUGAAGAUCAGGGUGAUUUGUACACUAAAACCAUAGCAACAUUAGGUUAUAUUGCACCAGAGUAUGGACUUGAUGGACUAGUGUCAACAAAGUGUGACAAGGAGUUAGAUGUUGUGGCAUCAAUCGUGAAAAUUGCAUUAGAUUGUUGUGCUGAAUCUCCGGCAAAAAGGGCUAACAUGAAAGAUGUUGUAGGGAUGCUGCAGAAGAUCAAGAUUCAACUUCUUGCAUGUUGA